AUGAAGGUCGAGGGCCAAACUUUUAUUGUCUCCGGAGGCGCAUCGGGCCUUGGGAAAGCUUGUGUUGAGGAAAUAUGCAACGCUGGCGGCAAUGUAGCCAUAUUAGACUUGAACGAGGAGAAUGGCAAGGAGUUGGCCAAAGAGUUCUCAGGGUCGGCCAAAUUCUUUGUUUGUGAUGUGCUAAGCACGGAGAGCAUUGCGGGCGCUAUCAAGGGUGCUGUGGAUUGGAGCAAGCAGACGAGCAAGCCUCUUAGAGGGGUUGUCUCAGCGGCCGGAGUGGCAAGCCCUGCUACCAUGCUUGAUCGGCAUGGAAAGGCCCUCAGCCUUGAUGUCUUUGAUUUCGUCGUGAAUAUCAACCUGCGCGGCACCAUCGACCUCGUCCGUCAGGCUCUAGAGCAUCUUGCCCAGGUUGAGCCGACUGGCUCGGACUUGGAGCGUGGUGUUAUCGUCAUGGUAGCAUCAUCAGCUGCCUUUGACGGGCAAAAAGGGCAGGUGUCCUACUCUGCCAGCAAGGGUGCCGUGACGGCCAUGACACUGCCGAUGGCGCGAGAUCUUGCCCGUUAUGGCAUUCGAGUCGUGACAGUGGCGCCGAGUCUCUUUGAUAGUCGGAUGACUAUGAUGAUGCCGGAUAAAGUGAGAAAGAGCCUGGAGGGCGCAAUGGAGUUCCCAAAGCGGGCGGGUCAUCCGGGUGAAUUUGCGCAGCUGGUUCGGCAGGCGAUAGAGAACAUCAUGUUGAACGGGGUCACCAUCAGACUGGACGGCGCAAUGAGGAUGCCGAGCAAAAUGUAA